GAAGCGGCGGUUUCAGUCGCUCGCGAACCUCCACCGUGGAAGUUUCUACCCGCGUUCGUUUGCACUCGUGCACGACGAGGCCGACAGAUCGCGAACACGUUCCGUCAGUGAUCGAUAUAAAUCGAGCCAUCCGAUCGAAGGAGAUCCCUUGAUGCGCGGAUCAAAGUGCGACUCGUGAACGAGGAUGAGGACGAUUCUGUUUACGCGUUUUUAUCUACGCACCGACCACUACGGCGAGUAAAUCAUCGACUGAACAGGUGGAAAUCAUGCGAAGGUGUUUGUUCCUGAUCCUCUGUGCCGCAGGCAUAUCAGCUGUCGUGGUACAGCCUUAUAAUAUCACAGUCAGUCCAGCGGUGGAGAACCGGCGAAGGAUUGGCCGGCAAAACGAGAAUGUAAGACGUUACGCGUGUCCCGUAGGAUUCUUUCGAUUGAAAAGAUAUUGCUAUUAUCUAAGCGGUGGUACAGCACCCUGGAGGGAGGCAUAUUUUCAUUGCAAAGAUAGAAACGCCACCUUGGCGAUUCUCGAUAGAAAUGGAAAGGACAGGAUGCUGAGAAAAUAUUUGAUGAGCGACCAGUUCACGAAAUUGGAGAGAUGGAUCGGUGGAAUAUUUAACUGGCAACAAAUGGGCUGGGAAUGGGGAGUAACCGGCGAAAAGGUAGUUUUCCAAAAUUUUGGUAAACCACAGACGGAACAAUCGAAACAACAGUACGCUUGGCACUGCAUUACGAUCGACCCCAACCUAAAAUAUAAGUGGAGUCCACGAAGUUGCGUCGAACGGAAACAUUACAUAUGCGAGGUGCAAGCUGGACGGUUAGCGAGAAGACGUAAAAAAACGACUGAUCCUUUCGCACCGCAAAACCAAAGGUUAAAGCCCCGAAAGAAGGGCAAGAAGUAUUCAAAAGAACCGCAUAAGCCGACCAAACAGAACAAACGUCGACCAUCAUGGAGGAGAAAUUUAGCGGAACAGAAUGCGAACAACUAUUGGAAGCAUGGUGUUAAAUGGGGUUCAAGGCCACCCUCCAACCUGAAAGUAGAGUACCCCAGGAAUCGAGUACGACAUCACUCCAAUAGAACUCAAGAAAAUUAUCCACAAGUGUCGCAAGUGAACCAUCGACCAGAAUAUGGAUCAUUUUUGGGCGACGGACCAGUCAAUGGUCCACAAAGUCUGACAGUCAUAAGCAAAAACUACCCAAAAUACCACGACGAAAUCCAACAAUUGGCGAGCGAAGAAGUUCUAUUAAAACCUUGAACAAAUGCACUACCAACGAUCAAGAUAUUUAAUUGAACUCUUUAUUUGAUAGCUUUAAACGUUAUCGAUCAUAACCACUUGUAACUUCUAUCUCGAGCACGUUUCGCUAUUCUAUGUGUUUUGUACAACGUUUCAACGAAUCGAACUGUAGAUCUGUCUAUCAUGAUUUUUGAUCGAUCAAUUAAAAUGGACAAUUUUCAUUCUGUUUCGGUACAAUGGAAAAUGAAAUUCGAACUACGAACACAGACUGAAAUCAUGCGUUCAUUUUACGAAAUAUUGGCGAAACAUUUCUUCAUGUUCCUCUCUCUGAGUAGCUAUUAGAUUUUCGAUGAUAUGAUUGUUUAGUUAGUAACGUUACCUCGAUUCGAUAAUCACGUUAAUAUACUAUGUAUAGGUAUUUUUAGUUGAUACUUUAUAUUUAUUUAAUUUCUCGAAACUAACCUCAUAGUAAAUUUACGAAGUUCGAAGAUAUUUGCGAAGAGAAAUUUCUGACCGAACACGAAUCUUCAUUAUUAAAUUAAUGGAUGAUUCAUACAGUUUAAAUUUUAUUUUGGACUCAUUUAUUUGCAUUUUUCAACU